AGUCCGCCGCUGUCCGCCGCGCAGUGUAGAUCGUUCGCCGCCGUAUCGCGCUCCGAGCGUGUGCCACCGACGAGUGCGUGGCACCUGCCAUCCAUUCGGUCGCGUGCGCCGUGGUUCUUGAUGUCGUCCGUUUUAUUUCGUGCUCGCUCGUUCGUCUUCUCGUCUCUCGUCGCGUUUUUCGCAUCGCCCGCGAGUAUCUCGGCGAGUCUCUCGGUAGUGAUUGCCAAUCGUUGUGACGGACGAAUAGCAUUUGGCGAAACGGUUUCGAUCGCGAUUCUUCCGGAAAGAGUACGCGGCGGAACACAUUCGGGAGACGCCAUAGCAGCGUGAGCUUGACGUUUUUCAAGUAAUGCUGGUUGUUUGGCAAGGAGCUCGCCGUUGCCUGAGUUGCAGCGGGCAGCGCACUAAUCAGGGCCGUCAAUUUCAUCAUCAUCGUGAGCUAAUCGGCGAGAAGCUCGACCGGUAUCAUCUCGUUAGAUCCAGGGGAGAUGCGGCCUCGCUGUUGGAGCUGAGACCGCCGCGCCGGCUGCGAAAAUUCGUGGGCCCACAUUCAAAAUCGAUCACGAAAAAGUAUCGUCUUCUGCUGAACGCUGCGCUCCUCACGUGCCUCGUCGUUCUUCAAAGCUCUGCUAUCGCGGACGCGAAGAAAUUGCCCCCAUGCCCAAGCGAGAUAUACUGCCACGGCGAGCUGCUGCACACGAUACAGAUGUCCAGCGUGUACAAGGACUCCAAGUACUUUGUUGACAUGAAAAUGAAACGACCGCCGAACGAGACGCUGGCGUCGUUCCGAGAUUUUAUGCAGAGUGUACACAACGCACCGAACAAACAUCAGGUGGAGCAGUUCAUCAAUGAUUCGUUCGAGCCGCCCGGUUCCGAAUUCGAAGACUGGGAUCCAGCCGAUUGGACGCCGAAUCCCAAAUUCCUUCAGAAAAUCAUGGAUGACGAGCUGCGAAAAUUUGGUUCCGAGCUCAAUCAUAUCUGGAAACAGCUGGGCAGAAAGAUGCGGGAUGACAUAAAGGUCAAUGAGAAAUUCUAUUCAAUCAUCUACGUGCCGAAUCCCGUGAUCGUACCUGGUGGUCGGUUCCGCGAGUUCUACUAUUGGGACUCGUACUGGAUCAUCAAGGGCCUGCUGUUAUCCGAGAUGCACAGCACUGUCAAAGGCAUGCUGAACAAUUUCGUGUCGAUAGUGGACAAGAUAGGCUUUGUCCCGAACGGCGGCAGAAUCUACUAUACGAUGCGUUCACAACCGCCGCUGUUGAUACCUAUGGUCGAUGAGUAUCUAAAAGUCACUCAGGACAACGCCUGGUUGAAAAAAAAUCUGUGGUUAUUGGAGAAGGAAUUCGAUUUCUGGAUGACAAAUAGGACUGUAGAUGUCGAAAUAGAUGGGAGUAAUUACACGCUUGCUAGAUAUUGUGAGGAAUCGUCGGGUCCUCGACCAGAAUCCUAUAAGGAGGACUAUCUGACGAGUGAAAGUUUUCGGACCGCCGAGGAGAAGGAUAAUUAUUAUUCAGAAUUAAAAACGGCGGCCGAGUCCGGAUGGGAUUUUUCCAGUCGAUGGUUCGUGCACGAGGGUACCAACAAGGGCAAUCUAACACAUCUCAAGAUCAGAUCGAUAAUUCCGGUCGAUUUGAACUCUAUAAUAUAUCGAAAUGCCGUGCUACUGGCGAAAUAUAAUCGUCAGAUGGGCAAUAAGAUAAAGGCCACGUAUUAUGAUAACAUAGCGGAGAAGUGGAAGAAGGCGAUCGAGAAGGUAUUGUGGCACGAGGAGGUAGGCGCCUGGUUGGACUACGAUAUGAUUAACGAUAUCAAGCGUGAUUACUUCUAUCCAACCAACAUCCUACCGCUCUGGUCGAAUUGCUACGACACCUCAAGGAAGGUGGUAAUCGUGUCGAAGGUGCUCAAGUAUCUUGAAAAGAAUCAGAUCAUGCUUAAUCAGGGCGGCAUUCCGACCACGCUGGAACAUUCUGGCGAACAAUGGGACUAUCCUAAUGCCUGGCCGCCUCUUCAGUAUUUCUUUAUCAUGUCGUUGAACAACACGGGAGACCCUUGGGCGCAAAGGCUAGCCUACGAAAUCAGUGAGAGAUGGGUCCGUAGUAACUAUAAGGCUUUCAACGAAACACGUUGCAUGUACGAAAAGUACGACGCGACCGUCUCGGGAGGGCAUGGCGGUGGAGGUGAGUACGAAGUACAGCUUGGUUUCGGUUGGUCGAACGGAGUCAUUCUGAUCUUGCUGGAUAAGUAUGGUCACAGAUUGACCGCAAAGGAUUGUUUCGUACCCGGCGCAGUGGUCCAGAACGCGGCACCACCGCAAAACAUUUCAACGGCUGGUCAAAUGUUGACCGGGCUUCUAGCUCUCAUCAUAUCGUUAGCAGCAGGAUUUAUAGGGAUGGUUAUGUACAAGAGACGUCAGUAUUAUGCGCCCGGUCCAUCGACGAACAAGAGACAGGGAUUGUCGAGCGGUAGCAAUCUGUACCGGAAGCGGAUCGCGUACACCGAGUUGAAGGACAUGAACAACGAUUGAUGACCGCUCGUCGUCUAGACCGAAUAUCGAUUUAUUACAUGACUAGUGAAAGAAAGUACGCGCACAAGAGGAAAGAGGAAGAAGAAGAGCAACCGGUAAAAUGAAAAAGCGCCGAAAAUGGAGUCAGGAUCAAGUCACAAAGAUGUUCUGAAAAUGCCAGGGUACAGAGCGAUAUAUACUCGCAAUCCUGAGGAAAAGAGACUGGUAUGAAACUUAUUGAGGUGGAAGACUUCUUUUCUGAUGAAAAAAAAAAUACAUGUUCGAAGACAAAAUCAUCGUUUCGGCGAUGGUCUUCCUAUGAAACCGAACAAUGACAAGAUUGAUGACGGCACAAUAUCCCGGAAGCAUUGAAACCAAAGUCUGAGAAUCGCUUGGUUCUAAUCGCUGCUUCCGCCUGGUAGUGAUCGCCGAAAAGGUCGAAAAGGAAGUGAGAUAAGUGAGAAGCAGGUAUAAUAUAUAUAGCGUAAAAAUUAUAGGAAAGAGGGAAAAUGUGUGCAGGUGCAUAAGACUUUACUCCGGCGAUAGCAGGAUUUAGUUUUAGUUUAGCGAAAUAUUAGAAAAAAAUAAUGGACUUUCGUAAAAUAUUUAUUGACUUCUUUGACAAGAAGGUACAAUUUUGCGCAGGAUCUUUACACAGCGUUCUUCUACGGAUUAUUUUUUAGCAGGAUUUAUUUCAAUAUCAAAAAGGAAGCGUAAACUCAUAAAUACGUUAUCAUUGCUUUGAUAUGUUAUCUUUGAUACGUUCUUCUACGGAUUAUUUUUUAAGAUUAUCUUGAAGAUAAUCUCUUUUAAAAUGCAAAAUCAAAACAUUAUAACGACCAUUAAAGUGUUGAUCUAAAAAUCCUACGGUGCCAUCCAAAUACGUACGAAAACUAAUUCUGCAUAACAUUACAUAUAUAUUCAGCGACUUUUCUUCGCUAUGUGAGAAAGUACGCGCGUUUUUAUGAGUGUUAUAAUGACUCGCGAGAAACGAUUUUAUAAUGAAGCGAUUGAUAAAAAAAAAACAGCGGCCAAAACAAAGAUUCUGCUAUUUGCAAAUACGAACAAUUAAAAUAUGUGUAAAAAUGCGAGAAUGACCCAAAAUGCAUGUGUGAUUUAUAGAAAAAUAUGUCCACGUACAGACAGGAUAUCACGAAAUUGUAAGUAUAAAUAAAUAAAUAGUUAACUUAUUUAUUUAUACAUUUACAAUAUAUACAUAAUUUAAAUAAAACAUAGGUAGUGAAUAAUUGACGAUAAACUAUUGAUGAAAUAAACUGAUGAGAUCGUGAUAUUUUUGCUGAUAUUUUUAUAAACGAGCGACCAUAUGUUUAUCCCUCAUAAUGCUAACGAUUCAUCCGCGGACAUUUGUUCGCUAGAAAUUGAUGCGUCGUGUACGAUAGUUUAUUUAUUAUCACUUCUUUUUUCUUAAAUCUUCGCGUUAAACUUCGCGAUAUUGUAAUAAAAGGUUGAAAGUUCCUUUGCCAAUCUUUUCGAAACAGCUUUCACGCGCUCAAAUAGUUUUAUUCACUAGAAUAAGUAUGAUUUUAUGGUAUAUUUGUAUUUCGUUUAGCUUUAAUAGUAAGAUUUCGUAGAAUUAUAUCUUAGAGCUGUCGAAAAAGCUACUUUCUAGGGCGUAUAUUUAAUUGCAACUGCAUAUUGUUAUUUUGCUCUCUCGUUAUUACGUAGUAUUUUAAACGCAUGCGAUGAUCCCAAAUGAUGUUGUCGUAAUUUUUUCGAGCACAAUAGGAUGUUUUUUGGAGUUAUAUGGACAAAUCAAUCGAAUAUAUAAAUAAUAAUACAAAAAUCUGAUUUCUGGCCAGUGUGUAUGAUAUAAAAAUAUCUAGUGUUUAUUUGCGACGCACCCGAGAAAAUCUUUAAAGUGCGAAUUGGAACCUCUUUCAAUUACAAACGUUCCACAGAUUACGUGAUCGAAAUUGAAUUGUAAAUAAUUUUAUAUAAAAUGAUAUACAUAGAAAGAAAAGAGAGAAAUACGUAGAAAGACAUCUGAUUAGUGUUAUAGUAACAAAAAUUCAACAUAUUAAAUAACUUUUCCUUUCUUUUAUUCUAUAUAUAGAUAUCUAUUAUAUAUAUUUUAUUAUAUAAUAUAUUUACUUGUAUUACUUAUAUAUAAAUAGAGCCUGUUAGAUUCGUCGAAUAAAAAUUGCCGUACACGACGCAUUUAACCGAAUGCCUAGAACAAAAAAUAAAAUGGACAAUUAAACGAAGAUAAAUCGAUUUAUAAGAAUUGCUAAUAGAAAACGACGAUCUUUUAGAGAAUUGCCAAUUUUAUUAUAUUUAUGUGUAGUGUCAUACUUGAUAUGUUUCUUGGCUCUUAUUGUCAUCUGUUUAUUUUUAGAACUUUCUAUACUGUUACAGACGCACGUAUAUCAUGUGCAUGUUGCCAAGAGAUGCGAUAAGCACGCGAAUCUAAGAUGAAUUUCAUUACGCAAUAAUUAAUCGGAUGAAAAUAUCUUUAAUUGCGUUCAGCUAUAAUUUAGGUUUUAAUUCAAUAUUAGUUGCAUAUAUACACACAUUUGAUAAUAUCUGGAAUAUUUCGAGUGAAUCUUCGUUUAAGUAAUGAUAAUAAUGAAAAAAAAAAAUGAAGAUAGUUGAAGAGUAUCAUGGAACAUCAGUAUGUAUUCUUUUUUAUCGCAAAUAUCUUAAGUGUAAAUAGUUUCAUCUUUCUUUCGGAUGUUAAAAUCAGAACUCUUGAUACUCUAGUUGUGCAGUUUUUAUUGUUAAUUAUUUUAUUUAAUUUUGAUUUUAAUCUAUUCAUUCGCAUUUGUAAAUCGUUAUACAAAUAUUAAAAUAAAAUUUGAUGUAAGAACAAUCAUCAUCGCAAAUUAUAAUUAUUUAAAUGUUUUAUUAUAAUGCAAUACAUUAUUAAAAAUUUUGUGUGUAAAAUAGUUUGAUGCAGCAAUGGAAUGCAUGUUUUAAAUUUAUGAUGAAAUUAUCUUACACUUCGAAGUUUAUAUGCGAGAAAAACGAUUGUUUCAGAAUUUCGCUUAUCAAUUUCGACAAAGUUGAAUAAUUAAAAAAAAAAAAAACGAUGCUUCAAGGAGUAUUUUCCUUUUUAAACUCAUUUAUGCAUGGAAGCUGCAAUGAGAAGGAAAAAGAAAUGCGGUCGUAUAUAUAAUAAAAUACAUAAAAUUUUACACAAAAAUAUCAGUUAAAUAUAUGCAUAUAGAUAUUGAGAUCAAUUUGUUAAAUUUUAUAUGGCGAUAAUUUAUGACGCUGGUGUUCGAUCGGUGUUUAUGUAACGAAGAUCAAAUCGCAGAUAAAUGAUAUCUCGUAUUAGAGAUACGCUACCUCAAAGGAAGCGUUCCUAUAUUUUAAUGUGCAUAGACGUGCGGCGAAAUUCGCAUCACGGUCGAAGAAAGUACAAUUGACGAACUGAAUUUUCUUUUAAUCGUGAUUGCUAAAUCGUUGAAGGUCUUUCACAGGUAGAUUUAUCUUUAUUUUAAGUGCGAUUCAGGAUUACACACAAUUGAUCUUGUUUAGUCACUGGAUAAUCUUAUUCAUUGACAAGAGCAGUAUUAGCAGAGAAACGUACGAAAGCGAAUGAAUUAAGCGUUUUCUGCUGAAAGCAUGUGUCAUAAAUGUUAUAGAAAAUAUAAAUGCACCAUAUGAGUAUUUUCACAGAUUUGCGUUAUAAUAAAUAUUAAUUUUCAAAAGAA